AUGUAUUCGGUUGAGUGGCAAAAGCGAGGAUUACCUCAUGCACACAUUUUGGUUUGGUUCAUCGACAAAAUCCGUCCUGAAGAAAUCGAUAGUAUCAUGUCUGCGGAAAUUCCAGAUCCAUCCACUGACCAACUGCUGUUUGAUAUUGUUACAACAAACAUGAUUCAUGGUCCAUGUGGUACUCUUAAUAGUUCAUCGCCUUGCAUGGCUGAUGGAAAAUGUACUAAAAAUUUCUCUAAAGAUUUUACCAAUGAUACGGUCACAAAUGUCGACGGAUUCCCAAUAUAUCGUCGAAGAAAUCCUGAAAAUGGCGGACAAUCAUUUAUUAAAAAUAUCAUCAACACAGACAUUGAUAUUGACAAUCGUUGGGUGGUGCCAUAUUCGCCUCUGCUGAGCAAGACAUAUAAUGCUCAUAUUAAUGUUGAGUUCUGCAGUUCUGUGAAGAGCAUCAAAUACAUUUGCAAGUAUGUCCAUAAAGGCAGUGAUAUGGCUGUGUUUAGAGUGGAAAAUACUCAUGUGAAUGCUCCUCCAGUGAAUAAAAACGAUGAAAUAACGCUCUACCAAAUUGGUCGGUACAACAGCUCCAAUGAAGCUGCUUGGCGUAUCUUUGGUUUUCCAAUUCAUGAACGGGAUCCAACAGUUGUUCAUUUAGCCAUCCAUCUUGAAAACGGUCAGCGUGUAUUUUUCACGAACGAGACAGCGAUUGAUCGUGCAAUAAAUCCACCUAAAACUACACUCACUGCAUUUUUUGAAUUGUGUAAUCGUGCGGAUGAUUUUGGUUCCUUUGCACGAACAUUACUCUAUUCACAAGUACCACGCUAUUUCACAUGGACUCAAACAAAAACAUGGAUGCCCCGCAAGCAAGGCUCACCAGUUGCUGUAUGUCUCAAUUUAUUUAAAUCAAACGCCUUGGGGCGAUUAUUUACAGUCAAUCCAAGACACACGGAGUGCUUUUAUCUCCGACUGUUGUUGGUUAAUGUUACUGGCCCAUUAUCAUUUCAAGAUAUACGUAAAGUGAAUGGGCAACAAUAUCCAACGUAUAAAGAUGCAUGCCUUGCACUCGGCUUGCUGGAAGACGACAACCAGUGGGAAUGCAUGCUUGCUGAAGCUGCAUUGAACUGUACAGCAAUACAAAUUCGUCUACUAUUCGCUAUAGUGUUGACCACAUGUUUCCCAGCCCGAGCACAGAUAUUAUGGGAAAAUCACAAAGAUUCAAUGACUGAUGAUAUAUUGCAUCAACAUCGUAUACGGUGCCACGAUCUAACCAUAACAUUCAGCGACGAAAUGUACAAUGAAGCAUUGAUUGCUAUUGAGGAUCUUUGCAUUGUCAUUGCCAACUUACCACUUAGUAAUUUCGGUAUGAAUUCGCCAAAUCGGACUGCAUCUGAUUCAAUGAAUACUGAAAUGAAUCGUUAA